UGUUAGCGCUCUCAAGCUGGUUGACAUUGAAUGUUGCUCCUAUUGUGAUUGAAAUGGGCCGUAUUCAGCAUUAUGCUUUUGCCCUGAUGACACAUCAUAGCUCCAGUCUCUCAUGCACUCUGCAUGUGCCCAUUUCAUCACUCCCCAGCUAAAAUGUCCAAUCCCUGAACCCCCAUUGUGUUCAUUCAUUUUGGGUUAGCCACGUCACCUCUGCCAACACUGCACUGCUUUCCUGCUAACUGCUUUUACAUGCUGCUCAGCCUCGGGCCUUGGAGUCUGAGCCUGUUACUAUAGAAACCACACAGAAGGACAAAGUAGAGGAGAGGAGGGGGGGAGAUGCUUACAUACGAAUGGAGGGCGGGAGCCAGCUUGUGACACUGCUCCCUCUGAUUGGCUGUAGGCAUCCUCUAACCCCACCCACCCCACUGUGUCAUGAUUAUCAUCAUUUCUGCUGCAAAACUCGUGACUGCUGCUGCUGGCUCUCUCUCACUCUCUGUAUCUCUGUGUUUAUUGAGUCAUUGUUGGAGAUGCGGUGGUCCAUGUGUAGAGCUAGAACUGUCACUGAGCAAGGAAUGCUACACAAGAGAAGACAGUGGUUGUAAUAUGACCUCAGAAAGACUCGGCCAGAGGACAAACUGACUGCAGCACAGGAAGAUAAACUGACAGGAAGCUAUGAAUGGACGGAGACAUGAGAGGAUAGAAUCUGGCACAUUUGCUGAAGCUUUGGAGUGACUGAGGAGAACUGAUGGACAGACAGAGAGACGGCACAGAUUGACAGAUGACGACAGAUUCCAACUGACACGUGCUGAAACGUACUUUGUGCUGACAGGGUGGGCCAGAUGACGAAGACCUACAGUGACAUUGAUGCUGUCACUCGACUACUGGAAGAGAAAGAGCGUGACUUGGAGUUAGCAGCUCGCAUCGGACAGUCACUGCUGAAGAAAAACAAAGCCCUCAGUGAGAGGAACGAACUGCUGGAAGAGCAAGUAGAGCACAUACGAGAGGAGGUUUCUCAGUUGCGUCAUGACUUGUCCAUGAAAGAUGAGCUGUUACAGUUCUAUACCAGCGCUGCUGAGGAGAGUGAGGGGGAGUCUGUCACCUCCACACCUGUGCGUCCCAGUGAAACCAAUGUGUCAACUCCAACUUUUUUCCCCUUGGACUCCUUGCAGAAGAAACUCAAAGAUCUGGAGGAAGAAAACAAAUCAUUGCGAUCUGAGGCCAGUCAUUUGGAGACAGAAACGAUCUCGUAUGAGGAAAAAGAGCAGCAACUUGUCAAUGACUGUGUCAAAGAACUACGUAAUUCCAACCUGCAGAUUUCCUCUCUGGCUGAAGAGCUGGCCAGGAAGAGUGACGACGUCUCCAGACAGCAGGAGGAGAUCACGCACCUCCUCUCCCAGAUAGUAGACCUCCAGAAGAAGGCCAAGCUGUAUGCCGUGGAGAAUGAGGAGCUGACUCAGCACUUGGGGGCAGCCAAGGACGCCCAGCGACAACUCACUGCUGAGUUGCGGGAGUUGCAGGAUAAGUACGCAGAGUGCAUGGAGAUGCUUCAUGAGGCUCAGGAGGAGCUGAAGAACCUAAGAAAUAAAACUCUACCACUCAGCACACCGAGGCGUUUCCACUCUCUGGGUCUCUUCCCAAUGGACUCUCUGGCCGCAGAAAUAGAGGGCACCAUGAGGAAGGAACUACAGAUGGAUGACCCAGAUGUAGAAGAGCAGAGAUUGCAACCAAAGCGAGUUUUCCAGACAGUGAAAAACCUCAACCUGAUGCGUCAGCAGCGUUCAUCACUAGCCCCCUCCCCUCUCAACAUCCCAGGCUCCAAUCAGACAUCAUGCCUCACCUCAGGGCGCUCCAGCAGGGUGGGCACGCCUCGCUCCAACUCCAUAUAUAGUAGUGAGAUCGGAAGUGGGAUUUUCCUGGACAACAGGAAUAGCAGUAUCUUGGAGAGUCCAGAUGAUGGGUCAGAGGACUCUAACAAGCGGCCCCCUGGCACCCCAGGGACCCCGGGUAGCAGGGACCUGGAGGCAGCCCUUCGGCGUCUGUCCCUCCGUCGCGACAACUACCUCUCAGAAAAACGCUUCUUCGAGGAGGAGAGGGAGAGAAAGCUGGCUUACCUGGCCAAAGAGGAAGAAAAGGGAGGUGGGGGGAGUAGUGGAGGACCGGGAACACCGACGGAGAGCCUGCUGUCGCUGUGCUCGCAUCCCUCUCUCGGAAGCGUCUGGUCGGGAUACUCAUUCACAGCGAGAUCCUACCUGCCGGAAAAGCUGCAAAUUGUAAAGCCGCUAGAAGGCUCUGCUACUCUCCAUGCGUGGCAGCAGUUGGCUCAACCCCACAUGGGAGCUCUGCUGGAUCAUCGGCCCGGUGUUGUCACGAAGGGCUUCCGCAGUUUAGCGCACGAGCAGGAGCAGGAAGACUGGCAACUGGACCAACCAGAGGAGGACGAACUUUCAUGUGACUCAUUUACUGGCUUGUCAGGAGAGAGCCCUGCUCCCAUGGACCUGCCUCGCUCUACCUCUUCUCCUGUCUGCUGCAACAAAAACGGAGACGUCGAUGACGACAGCCAAUCAGAAACAUUGCAAGGAGAAAUUUGCCGGGCUAGAGAAGUGAUGCAAGUAAAAGAUAGACAUGUUGCAAACAUGCCCCUUUCCUUCCCCAGACCCUCCCCGUCUUCUUCUCCUCUCCCCUCUUCUUCCGAGAUGAACGGGCAUGUGGACCUCAAGGAGCUCCAGGCCUUACAGCCCACCACAGUGGACCGUUUGCCUGUUAAUUUCCCAGGGAAGUGUAUGUCCCAUACUAGCUCUACGUACACCUACACCACCUGCAGGAUCCUCCAUCCCUCUGAUCAGCUGACCUCUGUGUCCCCAAGUUCAGCUCUAGUCUCUUAUCAGAGCAGCACUUGCAUCAGCAGCCCUACCCCCAUUUCCUCUCCUAUACCCUUCUCUGCCCCACCCACACCUUCCUACACCCCCUCCUGCACCCCACGCCGCCUCUCCCUCUCGCUCUCACUAGCAGAGUCCUCCACCAACCUUAGGGACUCCACCAAGACCACCAGUACCUCUCUAGGCCUGGUGCGCCUCCUGCUGGAGCAUGGGAUUUCUGCCUCAGUGUAUGACCCUCGUAGCUGGGACCGAGUGUUUGAUGCCAGUGGAGCUUCGACACCCGUGGUAGGAAUGCAAGCGAAGAAGAGUGGCGACAUACCGGGGGAAACCAAACCUAGACGAUUGGGGAAACGCCCAGACACCCUCCUCCUCCAGCCCUCCACCCCGCCCAACUCCCCUCGUUCCAAAUCUGCCUCCUCUACAGCCACCUGCCCAGUUUUUCAGUUCAGCCCCACCAAUGAUGACCCGCCAUUUUAUGACACUUUCCUCGCCUCUAAACCGGCUCGUACCAUUCUGAGGGAAGUACUGGGGGAGGUGGAGAGGGAGCGAGGGGGGCAAAUAGAUGAUGAUGGCCAAACAGAGAUGCUGAAUCUGCGACUUGUGGACAAACUGAAAAGUUUCCGCACCCUCCCCCCUCAUGCUGCUUCUGUUUCAUCUGGGAGUACUCUGUUAGCCCCUUUUGGAUCUACUGGAUUGGGGAACAGUGCGCUCGGUGGGGGGCUCCCAGGUUUGAAUGCAGGGCUGAGGAGGAAUCGAAGCUAUCCUGCUAUGGUAGGAGCCAGUAUGGCCAUGAAAGACCCGGGAGGCCCCCCUAACACAGAGAUACUCAUACCGCAUACGAUGCAAACCCCACAUACCCAACACGCAGCACAUACACAAGAAAAAGGCAAAAUGCAAACAAACCACACCCUGGUCACGAGGGCCAUACACAUACCACAGACACUACAUGCACUGGAAACAGUCACACCACAGACAAUAAUACAGAGACACACCAGGCCAAACGACGGACUGCAGGAUUCAACAAGCAAUGACCAUCACAGUGAUGAAACUGGGACAUAGUGGGAAAUGUUCAGUGUAUUAGCCCAUAUUACAACACACAUGAUUACACGCAUACAAAUUUAUUGACAACCAAAUACCCUUCCUAACUAUAUAGACAUCCCUCAGCUGUGGAAUAUCCCCAGAAGCAAACAGCUGCAAUAGUCCACCCCCCUCCACCUACAGACUCAACUAUACAGUAAGUCAUCUUUCCUAACCAGGCAGACUCCAGCUGAUUUAUUUAAACAAUCAUCAGUCUGAUCAACGCUAACUGAAUGAAAUGGUGGUGAAUAAACCAUUAGUGGCUGACGCUGUUACACUGUGUUAUACUCAUACACUGUCAGACUAGACUGAUGAUGAUGGAGUAUGUUGCCUUCCUCAGUGUCCAUUGUAACUGUAUAUUGUAUAAGAUGUGUAUGCAAUAUACUGUGUCAUAUAUAGUAUAAGAUUAAAAAGCCCAAUCUGGUGAAAGUACUGCAGAGCUUUCCCCUCUUUCAGUCUCAUUUUCCUUCUGGACCUGAAUGUGCACUAUUGAAUCAAGGCAACACAUGAAUUUUAAAUGUCCUGUAUUGGCCCGAAUAUAAGAUUGUUUUUUUUCUUUAGAUUAAGAAAAUCAGGUUGUAUUUUCCAGGAAUGCACAAUUAUGCAUUCAGUAGAACAGAUGUUACUUUAAGAAGGUACUGUGUUAUGGGUUGUGUAGUGUUGAUAAAAAAACAUUUUCCUCUUUAAAGACCACCAGAAAUGACACAUCUGUUGACAGGUUCGGUAUGAGCUGCCGGUGCCAAGGACAGAGAGACUAAUAAUGUCCAAUCCAACCAGGAAGAGAAAAAUAAUUAUCUUCCAUUGUAAAACUACAUUCAGUAAAGCUGGCUGCUAGCCUAUAACCAGUCUUUAUUUAGCUAAAAGAUGUUUUUAAUUUUAAUAUUUAAUAUUUAUUUAAAUGUGGAAACACAUUCAAAUUUGGUUAAUUUUCCUUCAUUGUUUCAUUUAAAGUGCAAAACACUCAUUUUAUAUGCGGGCCACUAUGGUAUUUUUAAGCCUUUAAUUGUUUGUGUCUCCAUUAUAUUGCACUGGAGUGAAAUGGAAGUUAUGAUGUUGGCAUUAGAGAUUAUUUCCUACCAGCAACUCUUUCUCCUCUCUGUAUGUAUGUAAUCUGUAUUUUCAAAAAUAAUCUGGAUUGUGGCUUUAAUGUGUCAUCUUGCUGUGACUUACUGUUCUUAUGUGCCUAAAAACAGCUAACAUACUGUAUCUUAUGGGAGAAUCAUUUGUCAUAUUUUAUUAUUUUAAUGCAGAAGAGAGAGAAAAUGAGAAUAAUGGUGCAAAUUGAUAUAUUUGCAUCUGAACCUGCUGAGGGCCCCCACACAUGAUCAUUUGUGUCUGUGUCUAUUUUUGGCUCUUUGUUUUCAUGUCCUAAUGAGAUUGUGUGAAGCAUCCCCUUUAUGUAUAAUCACACAGAGACAUGUAGCACAUAAACCGUAAUACAGACCAGCCCAGCUAUAUAGACCCAUGUUUAAAAUACUGUGACUACAGAACCCAAAAGGCAGAAACAUUCUUUCCAUACUUGUCAGUAUAAAACAUGUUUGAGGAGGAUGAUGAGUGUGAGUGAGUAUGGCUUAGGCAGCUGUAACAUCAGAAAGUAAAGUCUGCCACCGUCACUGCUGCACCCAGAGCUUUCACUUAAGACCAAAGUUACACCCAAAUGAAGAGUGGGUGGGCCCAUAACAACGCAGAAAUUGAAGUAUGUCUGGUUACAAAACAGACCAUAAUUACAUAUUUACCUUUUUAUCCAUGAUGCCGACAUAAACCUGAAUCACAUACUGACGCCAUGUCAUUUAUUUAGUCAAAAUCAAACAAGCGUGUGGCUGAAAAAAAUAGCAAUAUUAGGAAUGAUAAAACUUGUAUGUCUCUGAAUGUAACUGUUAAAGUGGUGACUUGAAAUAUCCGAAUGUUGGUUUUAAGAGCAAGAGACUGAGCUUUUAUCACAGUUUGAUGCUGAAGGGAAGUUUUUAGUACCACUGACCCAGUUCCAGUGUCCACCCUUACAUAUAUAUAUAUAUAUAUAUAUAUAUAUAUAUAUAUAUACAUAAAUAUAUACACAUACAUAUACAUGCCUUUAUUGGCUGCAGAAACACCUCUGCCAAGGUGAAGCGAUUUCACUUGUACAGCAUUUCAAUUAAAGUUUAAAGUUUAAAGGUGGACAUUGGGACUGGGGCACUGACUGCUGGUCUGACCGUGAAUAAAUGGACAAAAUGGCUGGCUCUGAUGCUGGCAGUGAUCUGCUGAAAUCCUUAAUGAUUAAGGGGUUAAACUAACAAUGUUAUUGAGUGGGAGAUUAAUAAUCAUGAUAUAUAUUUAUUGAAUACUUGGAUUAUUAAAAGCACGCAUAUAACUGAAUGUUCAAUGUACAUGUUUAAGUGAGGAACUUUUGCAGAUUGUAUUUAUAUUUUAAACUGUCACACUGACAUUUUAAUUAAUUUUUAAGUUUGUUAUUAUGGUUAAAUGAUAAAACAUUUCUUUGGCUUCAUAGAAACAUUUUUAUUUUAAUGUGUACAGUUAGCUGUCUACAAGCUUACAGUACAGUGCUGCCCAAUACUUUAUAACAGUUUCCCAUCUAGUAGGGGGAAAAAAAAACAAUCAGACAACAAUUUACAGUAUUUACGACUGAAGCUGCAAGGAGUUGGUGUGUGUUUGUGUGUGUGCUUGUUUUUCUGUGUCAACUGAAUCAUCUGAAUGUAAGUUAUUACAAACAGUAAUUCUGCUGUAGGGCCAUAUAUUUGUGUACAGUAUGUUGAUUUACCUUGACCAGUUUGUGUUAACCUCAGAAGGGGAACUAUUAUUACAUUGUAAAUGUAUGCAACACAUAUAGUUAUGCUAAUUUUUUUUUUUUUUUAAACUGUAACAGUAGAACAAAAAUACAGGGAAUUAAGUUUAUUUUUAGCAAAGAAGGAAAGAAACUUUUCUGUUCAGGUACUGAAGUGUUCUAUUCUACAGAACGGACUGUACUGUCAAUAAAAAUAAAUACAUAAACACUCA